AGAAGUAAAAUAAAGAUUUUGAUUUGGAGAAAUGAUGGUAGGAGAAAAAAAGCAAAAGCCAAGAGGGAGAAAAGCUUAAUUAAAUGAAAUAUUAGGGAGAUUACUAUAAUUUGCAGAAAUAUAUUAGUGACUAGCUGGAGCACAAGAUCUCCUGCAGGGUUUUAGAAUAAUCCCAAGAGAUCAAUGAAUCACUAACGCCAUCCCCCUAGGGUUUAAGCAAGGCCCCCUUUUUCGAAAAAAACACACACACACAAAAUGGCAAAUUCAAUGGCUGUUCUCUCACGCAGGCUUUACCGUUCCCUUCUCUCAUCAAACCCAAAAAUUUCACAGCUUUCAAUGCCCUUUUGCACCUCCUCCUCCACCACCACCACCACCACCACCACUAACAACCUCUCUUUUCGUGAAGAAGAGUCUGAAUUGGACGGCUCAGACACUCACUCAGUCCCCAACUCAACCACCUCAAGUUCACCAUCAUCAUCAACAACAACAUCUGAAGGAUCGAGCGGGUCACGAAUGGUCCAGGAUCGUCCCCUUGAAAAUGGCCUUGAUGCUGGCGUUUACAAGGCGAUAUUGGUGGGGCAGGUGGGGCAGAAUCCAUUGCAGAAGAAGUUGAGGAGUGGGAGGGAGAUAACGAUUUUCUCAAUGGGGACAGGUGGGAUUCGCAAUAAUCGAAGGCCAUUGCAGAAUGAGGAUCCAAGGGAGUAUGCAAAUAGGUGUGCUGUUCAGUGGCAUCGAGUUUCAGUCUACCCAGAGAGAUUAGGUCGUGUUGUAAUGCAGAAUGUUUUGCCCGGGACAAAUAGAAAAUUGAAAAGAAGUGAGAGGGGAGAAAGAUAAAGCCAAGAAGAGAAGAAAAGGAGCUGGGGAAGAGAAAGAAAUGAGCUGAAGAAGAGAGGAAAAUUAGGGGAGGAAAACUAAAAGUUGGUAACUUUUUUAUCUAUUCAUCAUCAACUAACUACAAUGUUAAAAAUUACAUUUAAAGUAAAACCCUAAAACAAUCAACAAUUACGCUAAAGGCCUGAAGUCUAAAAUAGAAUAACUUCAAAUCUAAUAAUAAAACUCAAAUAAAAGUCCAAAUAAAUUAAACCCAAUAACAUAGGCUAAAGCCCAAUCUCCCAUUCAAAGAACAAUAGGUUGGGCUACCCUCCAUCAUCUAUGAUCAUACGUGACCGGUGUCCCCACUAGUUUCUCAAAGCAAGAAGAAACAAUGUUCAUUUGUCUUUACAGCAACAAAAUCAUUUAAAUGAGGAGUUUGUAUAUCUUAUUUUCGUGGUUUUAAUAUUCUAGCAUUUAGGCUGUGAUGAUGCUUUAAUCAUUUGGCUCAUACAUAGGGAAAUAUAAUUUCGUUAUAUAUUAAACCAUGUCUUAGAUCUGGUGUCCCCGCUAGUUUCUCUAAGCAAGAAGAAACCAUGUUCAUUUGUCUUUAUAGCAACAAAAUCAUUUUAAAUGAGGAAUUUGUAUAUGUUAUUUUCAUGGGUUUAAUAUUCUAGCAUUUAGGCUGUGAUGAUGCUUUAAUCAUUUGGCUCAUACAUAAGGAAAUCUAAUUUCGUUAUAUAUGUAUACGCUUUCUUUGAACUGGUGGAUGUAUGUUAUUUAGCCGUAAAGCAAUAGCUGUCUGAUCAGGAGGUCUGGAUGGCUGUGAAGAAUGCUGGAGUUAUAUUAAUGUAAAAAUUAUGAGUAAUUCUACUAGCUUUUUAAGAUAACUAUAGAUAGUAGCUGUGAAUUUGCUUACUUGAAAUGUUAAGAAAAAACAGAGAUGUUAACUUGAUGUUUUAAGAACUCUGCAAAUAGAAUUUCUAAAAUGUGGUGAAGCCCUAUUCAGUACUCUUUAUACCAUCAACAGUCAAUAUGUGAUCUAUAGUAAAAGUUUGAUCUACUAAUUUUACAAGGUGAAAAUGCAGAAUAUGUGAACAGUUUCUGUGCUUUGUAAAAACCUUCCCAAUUGGGUAUUGCUAUUAGCUACUUGAAUUGGUGAAAAUGCAGAAGCCCUAGCUUUUGUUGUGUUCUGGGGACCUCUUGUGGACUUGUAGCAGUGGUUGACCGAUGUAUGAACUGUUUAGGUGCCUGUUAGGGAUCAGUUAGUGAUGAAUCUCUUCCCUAUCUAGUGUCGUUAGCUUAUUAACUCUAGAUGGGUAUCAUUUUGUUAUUUACUUCUUGAGGUUGGCCUUUUUCAACCUAAAGGUCCAGCCUUCUCUUCUUGUGAUACGUGUCUCUGGAGUUUCUUAUGUUGUGAAAUCAUCUUUUGUACCUGUGCUUCUUGAAUUUUCUUGACAUUUGACUUUAACUUUUGGUUACUAUGGACAUCUUUGUUGCUAUCUGACUAGUUUUGU